AUGGCAUCGAAAUUAGAAGGAUUAAUAGGUGACAAUGUAAUUAAGAAAAACGGUGACAAAGUUCCAACAAAGUCAUUAUGUGGAAAAGACAAAAUUGUCGGACUUUAUUUUUCUGCUCAUUGGUGUCCUCCUUGUAGAGGAUUCACACCGAAACUUGCUGAAUUUUAUUCAAAUUUUAAAAAAUCCGAUAAAGGUGAAAAUUUAGAGAUAAUUUUUGUGAGUUGGGACAAAGAUGAGGAAGGAUUUAAAGAAUAUUUUUCAUUAAUGCCAUGGCUUGCUAUACCCUAUUCUGAUCGAGACAGGAAGGCUAAACUAACAAAGAAAUAUAAAGUUGGAGGUAUACCACGAUUUGUUUUAAUUGAUGGUGAGAAUGGUAAAUUAAUUACAACUGAUGGUUUCAGUCAGUUGAUGGAGGAUGAAUCGGGCAAAGAUUUCCCAUGGCGAAUCAAACCUUUCUAUGAAAUGAUCAAGGGAAAACUAUUAAAUGGUAAAGAUGAACUGUUAGAUUCUAAUGAAUUGAUUAAAGGAAAAAUUGUUGGUUUAUAUUUCUCAGCUCAUUGGUGUCCACCAUGCCGCCAUUUUACACCAGAAUUGAUCAAAACCUAUGAAAAAUUAAAAGAAGAUGGCAAGAAUUUUGAGAUAAUAUUUGUGUCGUCUGAUAGGAGUUCAGAAUCAUUCUCACAAUAUUAUAGUUGUAUGCCGUGGUUGGCCAUUCCCUUCGGUGAUUCCAGACUAGAACUUCUCACUUCACAAUAUGGUGUGGAUGGAAUACCUACUCUAGUAAUGAUAGAUGAAAAAGGUUCUAUUAUAACAUUAAAUGGACGUUCUUCAUUACUACUUGAUAACAACUGUAGUGAAUAUCCCUGGUACCCUAAACCACUAGAUGAAUUAACCCAGAAUGCUGCUCUCCAGUUAAAUGAAUCAGUUUGCCUAGUCUUAUUCACAGAAGGUGAAGAAGAUGAGAUAGAAAGAGCUAAAGAAUUGUUAACAGAAACAGCUACUAAAGAUCAUCAGAAAGGAGAAGAUCAAGAAUUAUUCUUCUUUUAUGGAGGUGAUGAUGAAUUCUGUGAUCAAGUUCGUGAUUUUACAGGACUGGAUGAUCAAAACCCUUUACUAGCAAUACUUGAUCUUCCAGAGCAGCGAGUGUAUAUAUGUCCUGAAAAAGACUUAACCAAGGAAAUUGUGGCUCAAUUUACAGAGGACUACCACAAUAAUAAAUUAACUCCUAAAUCUUUAAAAGAAGCCAGAGCGAUGUGAAUUGAUGUUGUUGCAAAUUUGUGUUCAUUGCAAUUUAUGGGCAAAACAUAUAAUUGUACCUUUAGGACAAGAAUACAAUUGCAGUUUACUGCCAUAGUCAAAACUCUUCCAAAUAUAGUAAGGAGCGACUGUAUUUAAUAGAAAAAUUUUCUGUGUUUCAGAGCUAUGUUGUCUGAUAUUGAUAUAUUUUCAGCACACAGCUUAAAAAAGCUGCUAGCUAAUUGUUUUGACUUUAAAGACAGAAUCUUUUAAUAGAAAAUUUCCUAUAGGCUUCUACUGAUAUAGAUAAUUCACUGUGUACAUGUACUUUAAUCCAUCCCCAGUGUGUUCCAACAUUAGAAUUGAUACUUUCAAUAUCCUUCUGGGUCAUUGCAGUAACUCCCUAGGCUAUAUAGUGCUAUCUAUUUCUUUGUUUUAUUUAGGAUGUGUUUAUGGCCGUAAGACCAACUGUUCUUAUGAUUGUUUUGUUUUCUGUACAUGACAAUUCUUAUCUUUUGGAAGUAAAAAAAGGGUAAAAUGAUCUUUUAUAGAUUCAACUUUUCAUAUCACUUACUGUGAUUUUCAUAUUGUUAUUUUGAUUAUCUGCAUAGGCUUUCUCAUAACAAGAUUUUGUGGUUCCUCUUUCCAUAAAUGCCGUUUUUCAUAUCCAUUCAAAUCAGAUUCACUGAAAGGAAAUAUAGUUAGGCUCUUACACUUACAUAGGAUGAGGAGUGCUUUUGAACGAUGCAAAUAAAAUCUACAGGUUAAACCAAGUUUGUUUUAUGAAUUGUAAUAUGUUUUGUAACACUUUUUGCAAUAAAAUUGUACUUUAAAA